CUGUGCUGUUACCCCAGCAAACGCUGCCAGAACCUCCGAGUGAUGAAGCGCAACGGAGAGCUGCAUCGACUGUGCGAGUACCACCGCCUGAAGGCCAAUGUGAACCAGCGCAGACUCGAGCAGCGUCGACGAAUGCGGACCAACGAGGCGGUGGCCGCUGCCACGAGAUCGGAUCGAAGCGAAGAAUUCGCCUCACACCGCCUCUCGCUGCCAGAUUUGAACGCAACAGACACCUCGGACUUGGAGCUGGACGUGCUGGAUGAAUUUUUGGCU